ACCUUUACAUCCCUCAGGAACAUCACAAGGUGUGAUACAACCAGGGCAGAUAGAGAUUAAACCAAGAGCAGACCAAAAUGUUCCUUACCCCUGUGCGUUCUGUUCCAGAACACUUGUUGCAGCCAUGAUGCCUGUUGCAACCGUGAUGCCUGACGACACGCCGAUGUUUGACCCAAAUAUUCUGCAUGAACUUGACUGGAGUGAGAACACGACGACGUUUUCUCCUGCUAUUUCUCCUUUAGAUCCAGGAGAUGGCCUAGUUUUGAGACCGCUCUGCACAGCUGAUUUAAACCGAGGCUUUUUUAAGGUUCUGGGUCAGCUGACUGAAACUGGAGUUGCAAGCCCAGAGCAGUUUAUCAAAACCUUUGAGCACAUGAAGAGAUCUGGCGAUUACUACGUUACUGUCGUAGAAGACACAAAUCUUGGACAGAUUGUUGCUACGGCAACGCUGGUUAUAGAACAUAAGUUCACUCACUCCUGUGCAAAGAGAGGAAGGAUAGAAGAUGUAGUAGUAAGCGGGGAGUGCAGAGGAAAGCAGCUUGGUAAACUAUUAACGUCCACCCUGACGUUGCUAAGUAAGAGACUGAACUGUUACAAAAUUACACUUGAGUGUCUGCCAAAAAAUGUGGAUUUCUAUAAGAAGUUUGGCUAUUCGGUAUCUGAAGAAAACUACAUGUUUCAGCGGUUCUUUAAUUAAGAACUUCUAGAUUUUGGUUGGUUUUGUUUUUUGCUUUUUUUUUUUUUAAAAAGACUGUUGGUGGAGGAGCUUGUGCUACAAACGUUCUCUUCGUGACAAACUUAUAUAGUUUAUUGCUGCAAAUAUAAUGAUCCCUAUAAAUAAUGAACAUCAAAUGUGUAAAUCCUGCAAAAGAAAAAAAAAAACCUUACUGACAUUUUAGAAGGGUCCUCUGGGUUAGGAAAUAAGCGCUUACAACUGAUUUUUACUACUGUUCAGUCUCAGUGAAGCUUUUUUGUUCUAGCUGAGUUACAAAGGACUCUUGUUAAAGGGAUGGUUUUUAACCAAAGGUCUAUAUUUUUAUCUCAAAUUUUUUCUCGCAUUGUAUUUUUCUAAAGGUUUGUGCUUCUUUUCUUGGUAGCCAAAGUACAGCUUGUGGGACAGUGCUCCUGCCUGUACUUCAUGGAAGGAUGGUGUAGCUGGGGCAGGGGGGAUGCUUUUCUCAUGCAGAAUUAGCGAUACAGAACGGGCCUUUGUCCUGGUCUUCCCAGGAAACCUCGCUGGUGAUGUUACAGUCCCUAAAGUUUUAUAGGCACUAUUUCCCAAAACUGAAUUUGUUACUAUUUGUGCGGAGAAUCCUUACGGGCUAUGCUAAAGCUGAUGUUGAGUCUAAAAAUGGAUGUGUACUUCUUGCUGCAGGGGUCCUGCACUUUAGCUGAUAACUGACUUUGUUUUCAGGAUAAUUACUUGUUUUCUGACUCAAAAAAACCCAAACCCCAACCCCAUGGUUUGUGACAGGGCAGAGGUAACCCUGUCAUUAGUGGGGCUCUGGCUAGCACUCAGUGGGAAAUCCCAAACGGGAUUGGCAGUAAAUGCCAGGGCAGGGAAACCCCCCCCAAGCCUGGUCCCGAGGGCUUGUUGCUGCUUUGGAGCAUCCCUCUUGCUGUAAGACUGGAGAAAUGAUUUUAGCACUUUUGCCAGUGAUGGCAAGCAAAUACCGUACAAAGGCCUGGUUCCAACAGUAGUGUUUUGUGCGACAGAGAAUGACAACCCCUGCAUCCGUGAAUAGGGCAUUAUAAAUACGGGAAGGUUCGGACAGAACAGCCAGUCUCGCUUGUGAACAGUUAGGCCUUACAAAAUGUUCUUUCAUUGUGGUGUGGAGAGCUACUUUAAGCUGCGGUGGGGGUUCUAUUUAAUGUCCCUGAUGGUA